AUGACUUUUUGAAUGUUUAUUAAAUGGUAGAGGAUAGUGCCAUGGCGGAAGAGAGGGAGGCAGGCGAUGUUGAAAAACCGGAUAUGCCAGAAGAUGAGUUGAAAGAUGAAUCACAUCCGGACUUGGAGCCAAAGAAUGUUGAGCCAAAGGGUGUUGCUGGCAAAGAAGCUUCACCCCCAGAAGAUAUUCAAGAUGAGGUUGAAGUCAAUAAAAAGAGACACCUGAAUGUGGUAUUUAUUGGUCAUGUGGAUGCUGGAAAGUCAACAAUUGGAGGACAAAUACUAUUACUUAGUGGUCAAGUUGAUGACCGUACUAUACAGAAGUACGAGAGAGAAGCAAAGGAUAAAAACAGAGAGAGCUGGUAUAUGGCCUAUAUAAUGGAUACAAAUGAAGAGGAGAGGGUGAAGGGAAUAACAGUUGAAGUAGGAAGAGCACAUUUUGAAACAGAUACUACAAGAUUUACAAUUCUGGAUGCCCCGGGUCAUAAGAGCUAUGUCCCCAAUAUGAUCAGUGGAGCAUCUCAAGCCGAUAUAGGCGUGCUGGUUAUAUCUGCUAGAAAGGGUGAAUUUGAAACUGGAUAUGAAAGAGGUGGGCAAACACGUGAACAUGUUCAACUGGCCAAGACUCUAGGAGUUACAAAGCUUCUUGUUGUUGUAAAUAAGAUGGAUGAUCCUACUGUCAAUUGGUCUAAAGAAAGGUACGAUGAGAUCGAGUCAAAAAUGGUUCCAUUCUUGAGGUCGUCUGGGUACAAUGUCAAGAAAGAUGUUCAGUUCCUUCCGAUCUCUGGGCUUUUGGGUUCAAAUCUGAAAACUAGAAUGGAGAAAAGUGUAUGCCCAUGGUGGAAUGGUCCAUGUCUCUUUGAAACCCUUGAUGCUGUUGAAGUUCCACCCAGAGAUCCUAAUGGUCCAUUAAGAAUGCCUAUUAUUGACAAAUUCAAAGACAUGGGAACUGUCGUUAUGGGUAAAAUUGAGUCUGGGAGCAUACGUGAAGGUGACAAUCUACUGGUUAUGCCAAAUAAGGCUGCUGUAAAAGUUCUUGCCAUAUUCUGUGAUGAAGACAAAGUAAGGCAUGUUGGUCCUGGAGAAAACGUACGUGUCAGGUUAUCUGGAGUAGAGGAAGAUGACAUUUUGUCAGGCUUUGUCUUGUGCAGUGUUGCAAAGCCAAUACAUGCAGUUACUGAGUUUGUUGCACAGUUACAGAUCCUUGAGCUGUUGGACAAUGCUAUUUUUACUGCUGGCUACAAAGCUGUGUUGCACAUCCAUUCUGUUGUUGAGGAAUGUGAGAUUGUUGAACUGAUGCAGCAGAUUGAUUUGAAGACAAAGAAACCUAUGAAGAAAAAACCUCUGUUUGUAAAGAACGGUGCUAUUGUUUUAUGCCGUGUUCAGGUGAAUAAUCUGAUAUGUGUAGAGAAGUUCUCCGACUUUGCACAACUUGGACGAUUCACUCUUCGCACUGAAGGGAAAACUGUUGCUGUGGGGAAGAUUACUGCACUGCCUACUGUUGCUGAUAAUGCAUAAGCAACCUGGUAACUUAAAAGGUGGAGAUGGUUUCUUUUUGUUGUCUUCAGAGGCAAGAUGAGCAUAAAAGGUUUUAAUUGCACCGACAAAGAAGCAGCAACACCAGAAACUUAUGGUUCUCAGCAGCAUUUAUUGGAAGAGAAGUUGGUGAUCUUUCAGAUACGCACACAAGUAUUCACGAGUUUGGAGUCUGCAUAGCAUGGUAUUGUUUGGUAUUUGUUACUUUUUACUAGCAUCGAAUGAUGUAUUGUUAUCUAGAACAGUGUCCAAUAUGAGAUUAUUUGGUUAUACACUUUGCCCAUCACGAUUUUUGCACUAAAAUUUUGGCGAAACUUGAGCUUAUACACCUUGCACUAAGAUAUUGAGAUGGAUCUUUAUGAAA